AUGGAUAAGCUUCGAAAGUGCAAAGCCAAUACUACCCCUCUCACUCCUCUAUCUUUCUUGACCAGAGCAGCCAAAUGCUAUGCCAAUGGAACCUCUAUCAUCCAUGAAGCAACCCGUUUCACUUGGCACCAAACUUAUGAGCGUUGCUGCAGCCUUGCCUUCUCCUUACGCGCCCUCAAUAUUGCUAGGAAUGAUGUUGUAUCAGUGCUGGCCCCAAACAUUCCGGCAAUGUAUGAGAUGCAUUUUGCAGUGCCUAUGGCUGGAGCAGUGCUGAACACCAUAAACACUCGCUUAGACGCCAGAAACAUAGCCACCAUUCUAAGCCGCUCUGAAGCCAAGUCCUUGUUUGUGGACUACGAGUAUGUCCCCAAGGCAAAAGAAGCCUUGAAGUUACUAAUGGGCCAGCAACUCCAACAAGGCCCAACCCAAAAGCCCAUUUCUCCUCUUCCACUGCUGAUUCUCAUUGAUGACAUAAACUCACCAACAGGCAUCAAACUCAGCGAGUUAGAAUACGAGGAAAUGGUCCAUAAAGGUGACCCAAAAUUCAUUCCAGAAGAAAUCCACGAUGAGUGGUCCUCAAUCACUUUGAAUUACACUUCAGGAACAACCUCAGCACCCAAAGGAGUUGUUUACAGCCACAUAGGUGCGUACCUUAGUGCCCUUGGCCUAAUAUUAGGUUGGGAUCUGGGCACCCUGAAUUAUUUCCUUGGUACACUACCCAUGUCCCAUUGCAACGGAUGGACCUUCACGUGGGGCGUGGCAGCGCGUGGCGGAACCAACGUUUGUCUUAGAAACAUCACAGCCUAUGACAUAUACAAAAACAUAUAUUUUCAUCGCGUGACACACAUGUGUUGUGCCCCCAUUGUUUUCAAUAUCAUUCUAAAAGCCAAGCCAAAUGAACGAUUCGAAAUCAAAACCCCAGUUGAAAUAUUCACAGGAGGUGCACCGCCACCCCCUUCGUUGCUCAUGAAAAUCGAGUCCCUCGGGUUUUACGUCAUCCAUGGGUAUAGAUUAACAGAAGCAACUGGCCCAGCGUUGGUGUGUGAGUGGCAACAAGGGUGGAAUCACCUAACAAAAGGUGAACAAGCUGAAUUAAAAGCGCAUCAAGGGGUUAGUAUAUUGACCCUUAAUGAUGUGGAUGUGAAGAGAAUGGACACGAUGAAGAGUGUGGCAAGAGAUGGGAAGAUAAUGGGUGAGAUAGUGUUAAGAGGGAGUGGUAUAAUGAAAGGGUAUUUCAAAGACCUUGAAGCAACGUCAAAGGCUUUUAGUAAAAGGUGGUUUCAUACUGGGGAUGUUGGUAUUGUACACAAAGAUGGUUACGUGGAGAUAAAGGAUAGGUUGAAGGAUGUGAUCAUUUCGGGAGGGGAAAACAAUAGUAGUGUGGAGUUGGAGUCUGUGUUGUAUAAGCAUCCGAGGGUGUUGGAAGUUGCGGUUGUCGCAAUGCCACAUCCUAAGUGGGGAGAGAGUCCUUGUGCGUUUGUGGUGUUGAAGAAGAACGGUAAAGGUGGAAAAGGUGGUGUGAGUGAGAGUGAGAUUAUUGGGUAUUAUAGAGAGAACAUGGCGCAUUACAUGGUUCCUAAGGUGGUGAAGUUUGUGGAAGAAUUGCCAAAGACUUCAACUGGUAAGGUUCUCAAGUUUGAGUUGAGGGAAAGGGCAAAGGGUUUCGUUGUAUCAGAGAAAUUGAAGUCUAAGGACAAUGAAAAUAUUCGUUUGAUAGGCUCUCGUCUUUGA